AGAGAGAGAGGUUUGGAGCUUGCCGUCUGGAAAACAGCAUCUUGCCCUCCACUCUGCUCCUCCCUCUUCCCCUCUCGGCAUCUCUCCCACGCUCCAGAGCUCAGCCUUCAGCUCCCCGGAUCCUCCCAAAUUCUCCCGAGCUUCAGGGGGCUAUGGAUGGACUGCGUUUACCUCCACUCAUCGAGGAGGCUUUGGACUCUACAGAUGACCCGUGCGAUCUGAAAGCAGAGUGCAGCCCCACCAUGGACAACGAAAUAACAGCAAAGGAGAGAGGCAUCCUGGAGGAGAACAACGAGAAGGAGGAGAUGGACCACGAGAGAGCUCAGGAGGAGGAGGAGGGGGAAGAGAAGAAGCUGAAGGAGGAGGAAGGCGAAGGCGAGGAGAAGAGGAAGAAGGAGCAGGAGCCGCUGACAGAGGAGGAGGAGCUGGAGGAGUUGAGGGCCCAGGUGCUGCAGCUUCUGCUGGAGCUGGAUGAUGCCAGAGAGACGUCCAACAAACACCAGGAGAGCUUUCAUGAGCUGCAAGGUCUGUUGGAGGAUGAGCGUCUGGCCAGUGCCCAUCAGGCUGAAGCCUUCACACGCCAGAUUCAGAAUCUACAAGCACAGCUGCGUUCUGUGCAGGAGGAGAUGGACAGCCUGGAGGAAGAGAAGGAGAGCGAGCUGGCCGAGGCCCAGGAGGAGCUGCGUGUGGCUCAGGAGGAGGUCCUCCUGCUCCAACAGGCAGCGGAGGAGGCAGCAGCAGAGAGGGAGAACGACAUCGCCUCCCUUCAGGAGGAGUUGUGUCGCCGGCGGGCCGAACUGCAGCGCCUCAGCGACGAGACGCAGGAGUAUGAGCUGGAGAUCACCACGCUGAGAGCCGAGAUCAGCAUGAAGAGUCAGCGGAGGGAGGCAGAGAGGAGAGAGGGUGACGUGGACCUGCUGAAGGAGGAGUGCCGUAUGCUGAAGGAGGAGUGUCAGACGCUGAAGGAGGCCAACAGACAUCUCUCCGAGAGGCUGCAGCUGCUGCAGAGACAGCGGACAUGCUCCAGUGUUUACCUGUCACUGAAGGAGGAGGACGCAGGAGAGGGCACAGAGGGGAAGGACAUAGAGACUGGAUCAGAUGAGGUCAUGACAGAGAGCUACAUGACCAUGGCCCAGUCUGAGAACUGUCGCCUGGUGGACGCCUCCAUCCAGAAGAAUAUUUCGUUUGAUGGGAAGCCGAUGACACCGACUGGCUGGAACGGGGGCAUUGGGGAGAUUUUCUCCCUGAGAGACCAGCUCAAACAGGCAGAGGAGAAAGCCUCACAGGUUCAGAGAGAGUGUGACAGUCUGAAGAUGGAGCUGCAGGAGCUGCAGGUACUGUAUGACAGCAGUCAGAGGGAGAGAGCAGAGCUGGAGGAGGAGCUGCAGCGCUGCAAGGCAGAGCUGGAGAAGCUGUCAGGGGGGGCUCAGAGAUUCAUCCAUUCGUCUGAGCACCCUGUUCUCUCCAUCCCCUUCAUAGGAAUGAUUGUAAUAGUGGCUGUGGUCUGGUGCUGGUUGUCGGAGCUGGCGUCCCAGAGGGCAAGGUAUGGGAGGAGCUUAUCUCUAUCUGAUGCGUAAUGCUACGUAUGGUUCUCACACACAGAUUCAAUUCACCCAGUAACAUAGAAACAUAGUUUCUCACGUACUGUAUGAAGCUAUACAGCUUUUAUUUGCUCAGGCUUUGAGAUGUCUGCUUGUUAUUCUGUUUUACAUCAGGCGAUGUUCUGCUUUAAUCUGGAUAAUCCACAGAAACCUUUGAAACUGAACUAUGCCUACAGAAGAAAGUAGUUCAAUAACAACUAUAGAUGGUGUAUUCUGUGGAUUAUCCUGAGUAUUCAGGACACUGUUUAUAAAAAUACCUGUGGUUGGAUUUUUUUUUUUUUUAACAAAAACAACUCCCUUGAGUUUGGAUGGAGGCAAAAAUAUCUCAAAACUUCAACGUUCAUUUGCAUCUGCAUGGUGCAACACGAGCAAGAGCAAAGUAAGAAAAUAUGUUUCUGUGUUAUUUGGGUGAAUUGACCCAUUAAUAUAAACCAGAUUUAUUCAGAGGGAUGGUUUUGAUGGGAAGAACAGAAGAAAUGCCAAAUUUGAAUGAUAUUAAACAUUUAUGGAAGGUGGACAUGGGGCGGGUGGGCAGUUUGGCAAAUUAUAACAGAAGUAUUUCCUUGGAUAUGCACUGAAUAAGUCAUUUACAGAAAAAGUUUUUUGGGAAAUAUGAUUACUUGGUUUCUUACCAAGAGUUAGAUGAAAAGAUUGAUACCACUCUCGUGUCUGUGAAUUCAAUAUGAAGCUACAACCUGACCAGACUGGCUCUACCCAAAAUUAAAAAAUACUCUUACCAACACAUCUGAAGCCCGGUAAUUAACACAUUGUAUGUUGUUUGUUUUCUACACAAUUAUAAAAACAUCAAUUUGUGGUCUUUGUGGGAGUUAAGACCUGUCAACAGAGCUAAUUGCUGUGUCUUUUUAGAGUCAUUAGUGGGACGCGUUUAAGAGCUGGGCGGACAGAGAUAAACUGGUGUUUAGAAACGAAAUAUAAAACCCCUGAAACCACAAAUUGUUGUGUUCAUAUAUCUAUUUGUGUAUGAAUUAAACAAACGACAUCAACAUGUUAGUUUGUGAACUUUUCAUGCAUGUGUAUUUUUUUGAAUUUUGGAUAGAGUUAGCUCCAGCUUCAUACUUAAAUGUAACUACUGAUACGAGGCGGUACAGUAACUAUCUUAUGUCGCUCUUUGUGAGAAAGCAUAAAAGACGUAUUCCCCAAAUGUUUUUUCCUUGGCUCAGCGAUAGCCUUUCACUGACUUUAAACACCACUCUUUUUCUUGUC